AUGAACCGGCUUCUUCGGCCCACCCAUCUAGCCGGACAUCGUCUGUUGAGUAGCCGCUUGUACUGGAGCCGAAACACAGCCAACCGCAUAUUCGGUGAGACAGAUAAAGCCCUUACAUCAGCGCCGCAUUGCUUCGGCCCCUCGUACCACCAUACGCAGGCACUGAGCCAGGAGAACACGACAAUGUCAAGUGCAAACAAGGGAGCUGCCAAACAGCCGCAGCGAGAGGACAAGAGCAGCCCUCGGAAGGGAAGGCAAGAUCUCCUCGUACCCGAAUUUACGCCGCAUGCGCCCGUGAAGCGGUUGGGCGAGGACCUUCUGCAUGGUCCGCGUCUGGAAGAGCACAUUGUCAUCGUGCUCGGCGUCGGACCUGGACUAGGCCUGUCCAUCGCUCAGACUUUUGCCAAGCGCGGCUAUACGACGGCGAUCCUUUCGCGCACGAAAACCCGUCUGGAUGCAUGGGCCGAUGCCUUGCACGACGAGGCCCGCGCCUUCCGCCAGUCGCACAAUCUGCCACUCGGUGCAGAGGGUGAGCGGCUAUCGGCAGCCUUUGCGUGCGAUGCGCUGGACAACGCUUCGAUCCGCCAAACCAUCGAUGAGAUUUGCGCCUUCUGGCCGGGCAAGAAGGUGGGCACGGCGUGCUACAAUGCAUCGAUCCGAAAGAGAGGGCCGUUCCUCGAACAGCGGCUCGAACAGAUCCAGGAGGGCGUCCAGGGCUCUAUUCUCGCCGGCUUCACGUUUGCCCAGGCGGUGAUUGCCAAGAUGGAAGCGCACGGUGAGGGCGGCAGCCUCCUCGUUACCGGCGCCACCUCGUCCACGCGUGGCAGAGAGGGCUUUGCCGGUUUCGCCGCAAGCAAGUCAGGCCUUCGAGCUUUGUGUCAGUCGGUGGCGCGCGAGUAUGGGCCCAAGUCGGUGCACGUGGCGCACGUCAUCGUCGACGGCCUCAUCGAGUCCGACACGGCGCUCGACUUCCUCGGCAUGCCCAAAGGCAGCCGCUUCCCCGACGGCUCGGCUCUGCUGCCUCCUCAGAUGGCCAAGGCCUGGCUCUUCCUCGCCCAACAGCAUCCGUCUUGCUGGACCUUCGAGAUGGACCUCCGCCCGGCCCGUGAACAUUGGUAG